AUGUCGCAUAUUAACAGUAACCAUGAGGCACUGGAAGUGGAGAUUCGAGAGGGUCUACGGUCAUUGAUUCAGAACUCGACCAUGAAGACAGAAACAGAAAUCAUACUACCCGCAUCGGUACAACGUUACUGGAAUUCGCUUCGUAGGGCCCAGUUCUAUACCGAGCAAAAGUGGUACGAUCUAACUUGGGAUAACUCGGACAUCAUGAAGGACUACCUGAUAGUUAUGUCUAUCCUGAUCGACGCUCGAAUCGGAUGCUGGGAGAAGUUCCGGGAGAUUUUCAUCGACAAGAAAAGGAACGACAGUGGAUUACCGUACCCGCACGAUGUGCUUACCAGUAACGACUUCCUUGGGCUCUCGAAUGGAAAGGAUUUCUAUGCAAAACAGUGGAUGUAUUGUCCGUUGAUGAUCAAGGAGCAGGCAGAACCCCAUAAGCUCACUGGGAUGGAAUGUGAACGUCGGUUCCCCUUCAUUGGAGAAGAAAAGAACAUCGGACAUGGCGCCACUGGAAUAGUCUACAAGCAAGCUAUUGCUGCAGGAUGUUUAGAAUAUCAACCCCCAAGAAGUUCGGUAAAUCAUAAGAGUAAAUUUGUGGCUUGCAAGAGAGUGCAACAUGACCAGAUUGAGACCGUUGAGUUCGAGAAUCUCCAGCAUUUGCGAGGAUUGCUUGCAACACACGAUCGGAUAAUGGUCAACAUUGCAACAAUCAUCCAGGAUCUGCCAAAAGCCGGCACAGUCCACUAUAUACUGUAUGACUUAGCGGCUUACGACUUGAAUGAGUUCUUGAAUCAAGUUCCAAAUAGUCGCGAAAAAGAGCACAGAAGGCGGAGUGACACAGCUCCACCAGGUCGUAAUGGAUCCGAACACUGGAACGCUGCUGAUCUGAUCAAGGAGAGCCAACAUCUUGCCGACGCUUUGGAUUUUCUGCAUCACCGCCUCUACAACGACAAAAGAGUGACCAUGGCACACAACGACUUGAAGCCGGAGAACAUACUAAUCUUUUACCCGGAUGCUCCUGGGGGUAGGAGAUAUCCAGUAGGGCAAUGGAAAAUAGCAGAUUUUGGAUUGGCUAAGAUCAAGGACCAAAGGCGGGAACCAGAGAAUUCUAAGGCUGGUAGGAUCGAUGAACGGAACCGCUUUCAAACACUGAGCCCUGACCGUGGGACGAGAUCGCCGGAACACAUUGAUGUUACUCAUCGAAGAACCCGCUCAACUUCUGUUGUAUCUAUCCGCAGCAUGUCAAUCACCAAGUCCAAAAGAGAUCCUGGAAGAUGGUCACCGCCAGAAGUCGAAGGGAAAGACGAGGGUCAGCUUAAUCCGAGGAGCGGAGACAUCUGGGCAUUUGGUUGUGUGCUCGCUGCUGUGCUCGCCUUUGGAGUGGAUCCGCCUCUGGUCGCCGAGUUGACAAGUGAGUGCGAAAUUCCCGACCGCCUGGACCAGCGAUUCUACGACGUCGAGACCAAGAAAAUCAAGACGUCUGUCUCCAAAUGGCUCAGCUCCCUUCACACGACCCAUGAACACAAGCUCAGGUCUACAGGAACGCAAUGGGUUAAUGAUGUAGCCACUCUCAUUCUUGAAAAGAUUUUGCUCAAGGAGACACAAGAUCGUUUGAAAGCAGGCAGCAUUCGCGACCAACUGGAAGACAUCCAUAAAUCUAUGCAGAACGAAAUGGCGAAAUGGCGCGGACAAGCGGAAACUGAUUUCUCUGAACAGUUGGAAAGUCCAAAGCACGAUACACCAAGACUCAAUUUCCCAGAUGCUGGUGCUAACUAG